CGUUCCUUUCGGAAUUUUCUGUGCAAGUGGUAGAAGUAAUUGAAAAAAAAGUCAAUAUGCCGACAGCAAGCAGUUUAGAAUAUUUUCAGAAUGUGACAGUGAAUAAUACAAGAAGUGCGUCGACGGCCGCCAAAGUUGCUCUACUCGGUUCCGCUCGCUUUCAAAUUCCUUUUUACACAAUUAUCCUGCUCCUUGCAAUUAUUGGCAAUAUCCUGGUUAUAUCUACGUUAGUGCAGAAUCGUCGCAUGAGGACGAUUACUAACUUAUUCCUACUGAAUUUGGCCGUUUCGGAUAUUCUUUUGGGAGUACUUUGCAUGCCAUUUACAUUGGUUGGAACUUUAUUAAGGGAUUUCGUGUUUGGAGAAUUGAUGUGUAAAUUGAUUCCGUACUUACAAGCCACAUCGGUAGCCGUGUCAUCGUGGACACUUGUCGCCAUAUCAUGUGAAAGAUAUUAUGCAAUAUGCCACCCAUUAAGAUCAAGAGUUUGGCAGACUUUGCGGCACGCUUACAAAAUAAUUGCUUUCAUUUGGACGGGAAGCUUAAUAUGUAUGCUACCCAUAGCAGCACUCAGUACCCUGAUACCAACUAGUACAGGACAUAGGAAAUGUCGUGAAGAAUGGCCAGAUGAAGCAAUCUAUUACGAAAGAGCAUACAAUUUAUUUCUGGACCUAAUUCUUCUGGUCUUCCCGCUCGUCGUAUUAUGUGCAACAUAUUUCUUAAUAACGAAAACCCUAUGGCAUGGUAUCCGGGCCGAGAAUUUCACAAAGGAGUCAACAGCGUUCAAUAAUAGCAUUGCGACGACAGGCGAGUGCUCUGAGGACAAAACCAGCACUAAUAAUGGAAAUUACGAUAAUCAAUUCUCUGAAGUUUACCUGAAUAAAACAACACUCACUAGUUGUCGAUCGACAUCCAUUAGAAGUUUCACCACAUCGAAGUCACCACCCCCGCCAUACACCCUACGGAAGCACUUUGAAUCGACGCUGAGAAGGUCGAAUGUCACCAAAAAUCUCCAAAAUAAACAACGAGUAAUUAAAAUGCUGUUCGUCCUUGUGCUGGAAUUUUUCAUAUGUUGGACUCCCCUCUACGUCAUAAACACAAUAGCCCUUUUCAGCCCGAGAUUCGUAUACCGAAAUCUGGGCUACACUGCUAUCAGCUAUUUCCAACUUUUGGCUUACUCCUCGUCCUGCUGCAACCCUAUCACUUAUUGCUUCAUGAACGCCAGCUUCCGAAAAGCGUUCCUGGACACGUUCAAAGGCUUGCGACGGCGAAAACGAAUUCUGGCCAACACACAAAUAUGCGAUGGAGACAGUUUGAAAAUUGAAUUGAAUCGAAACUGAGGAGCAAUUGCAACUUUGUUUAUAAUUCCAUAAAAAUGACCUUUUUCCCAGGAUUAAGUGUG